AUGGGGGGCCCUGGGCCAGCUGGGGGGGCCCUGGAGGUGUUGGGGCCCAUCUCCCUUGCUGCCCUCCCCCAGGAGGAGGCCCGCGCCUCUGCCCCCAGCAGCCGCCCGGCCCGGCAGGGGAUGGAGCCCGGCAGGUCGGUGCCGGCGGAGCUGAAGCUCCGCAAGCCCUCGCAGCGGGCCAGGAUCCCGGCGCCCUUCCUCGCCCACUCGGGCGGGGCGCCUGGACCGGCGGGGCCCCCCGGGCCGGACCCCGCGGAGGUAGACGCGGAGUCCCUGGUGCCCACGCACGAUGACCGGGGCCGGCUCAUCCCCGAGUGGAAGCGGCAAGUGAUGGUGCGGCGGCUGCGGGCCCGGCUGGCGGACGAGGACCCGGCGGGAGGGCAGGUUCGAGGGGCACGGGGAGUGGAGGGGGCGCGGGCUGACGCAGGCUCCUGGAGCUUCUCGGCCUCCCACCAAGCCGUGCUGGGCCCGUUCGGGGAGCUGCUGACCGAGGCAGACCUGCAUCAGCUGGAGAGGGCGGUGGAGAGCCUGCGGCUGCGGCGGCGCGGCGAGGUGUACCAGGGCGAGCUGCGGCGCCUGGUGCGGGAGCUCCGCGCCCUCCUGCCCGCCCCGCUGCUCAGCAUCUCCGUCCGCAGCCCCCCGCCCGCUCCGGGGCAGCCCCUGCCCCUCUGGUGCGGCCGCCUGGCCGGCGCCGUCAAUAGCCUGGCCGCGCUGCUGGGCAACGCCGAGGGGGCGUGGGGACCCCGCGCUGCCGCCGCCGCGCCCGCCGCCACCUCCGCUCUCCCCGCCGCCACCUCCGCUCUCCCCGCCGCCGGCGGGCAUCCCCGGGAGCCGGGGGGGAGCCUGGCGCAGCGGGAGAUCCGGCAGUGCGGAGUUUGCGUCCGCAGCCUGCGCGGCGCCUUCGAGCCCGCCUGGGGCGCCGCGGGGAGCGCACCGGCCGGCGGCGGCGAGGCGGAGGCCGCCAGCGACUCGGGCAUCAGCUGCGAGGAGGCGUUUUCCGACGGCGGCGGCGGCUCCCCGCGGCAGGGGAAGGGGCCGGGGCCGGAGUGGGGCAGCCUGAGGAAGGAACGGAUCGUGAUGCUCUUCCUGAGCCACUGGAGACGCUCCGCUUACGCGCCCCUGCCGCUCACCGCCGGGGGCCCUCGGGAGACGGCGGGCAGCGGGGCCCGGGCUGCGGCUCGCUUGGCGCGGCAGAGAGCGGCCAUCCAGAGGCUCCUGAGCGGCUGGCGGGACGCCGCCUCCCGCCGGCCCCCGCCGCCGCCCCCCGCCCGCACGCUGCUCUCCCCGGAGCAGUUCGUGUCGGCGGCGGGGGGCGGCCCGGCCGAGUACGAGAGCCUGUCGCUGGAGCUAUUCAUGCUGGGCUAUUUCCGCAUCUUGGAGCAGGACCUGCCCCCCGAGGAGCGCCGGGGUCGCCACCUGCUCUGUUUCGAGGUGUUCGAGCAGCUGGGCCGGCACGGCUGGCGGGCGGUGCGGGCUUUCCACCGCGCCGUCAUCGACGAGAUCGCGGCCGGGCGGCGCGGCUGGAGCGACGGCUUCGACGACAUCAAGGCACGGUACUUCGGGACCUCGCACGGCCCGGCCCAGCUGCCGGGGCGGGCCGGGGAGGAGGGGGACGAGAUCUGCCGCUACAUCGAUCGCAGCUUCGCCUUUUGGAAGGAGAAGGAGGCCGAGAUCUUCAGCCUGGAGGAGUGAUGCCGAAGGGCUUCGGAGGCCGCGGGCUGCAAUAAAAACCUUCUCGGUUCUGUCCCAGCUGAGCGAGGCUUUCCGCGGCGGUGAAGAAAGCCGCUAAGCUGGGCGGGCCGCCUCGGCACCCCAGCUCCCCCUCUCCCAGGGCGGGUGUUCCAAGCCCCGGCUGCCGCCGAGUGAGAUAACGACCUAUAUUUAUAGCGGCACCGGCGGUGCGAGCCCGAGGAGCGAGG